AUGUCCAUCGAAGAGGUCAUAGACAAUCUGCAUAUCUUGAUAGAGCAAGGGAAAGUUCUGUAUCUUGGAAUAUCAGAUGUCCUGGCGUGGAAUGUUGGUGUGGCCGCUGCUUCUGUCGGGAUGGCCCUAUUCUGUAUCUACCAGAACCGCUGCAAUGCUAUGCUUUGUGGCUUUGAAAGUGAGAUUCUUCUUAUGGCUCUUUUCUCGCUCCAUGGGCCAUCUUGGUAG